UAAAGAAGGCUUCAAGUAUUGAAGAGAGACGUGAGGCGGAAGGAUCGCAGUGCUCGCGACUUCUCUCGGAGAGCUGUGGCAGAAUGAUUCGCUUCCUGUUGCUGUUCAGCCGACAGGGCAAGCUGCGUCUGCAGAAAUGGUUCACAGCCUACACGGACAGGGAGAAGAAAAAAGUGAUACGGGACAUGAUCAUGUUGGUAUUGGCCCGUCAACCCCGUUCCUGCAACUUCAUCCAGUGGAGGGACCUGAAGAUCGUUUACAAGAGGUAUGCCAGCCUGUAUUUCUGUGCUGGUCUGGAGGCCUCGGACAACGAGCUGCUGAGCCUUGAGGUGCUGCACAGAUAUGUCGAGUUGUUGGAUCGAUACUUCGGCAAUGUUUGUGAGCUGGACAUCAUCUUUAACUUUGAGAAGGCGUACUUCAUCCUGGACGAGUUCCUGAUGGGGGGAGAAGUUCUAGAAACGUCAAAAACUGCUGUGGCUGCAUCUAUGCAGGAGACCGACACACUCCAGGAGGUACUUUAGGCCAGUGUGAAAGACUCUUAGCGGACGUAGACGAUGGAGGAGUACAUGAGCAAACCUGCCUACUGAGCCUCGGAGAAGUGAAGAUGUCCUGUGUUUCAAGACAUGAAGAUUCAUCGACCUGCAUCGCUUUUAUUACGACUCAUUGUAUUUUUACUCAAGUUUUAAAGAGUUGUUUGCGCCUAUAAGUGCCUGUAUAGCCUCGUAUUUCAAGUCAUCAUAUUUGAACGAGCUGUCGCUGUUGAUGCACAGCGUGGUGUGAUAGUGAGCAAAUGAAGAAACACUACACAGUAAGGAAAAAAUAAAGUCAAUGCUUUAUUAACCUCAGGUAUGUCACAUACGACCACAUUUAAGAAAGAGUUACCAAAAAAGACACAAGUGAAUCAGGGGGUCCAACACUGAUAUGGGUCGUGUGGGUGUGUUGAUGGGUGUGUGUGUGUUUGUGGGUGUGCAUGUGUGUGUGUGUGUGUUGUUAAACUGUAAGGCUGGUGAGUCACAUGUACUGUUUUCUAACAGAUUCAUUAAAAAAAAAAGCAUGAAA